AUGCCAGGAAGUUUCUUGAAUCCAGUCCACGAUGACUACAAAUACGACCCGGACAAGCACAUCCCCGAUCUGUCGUCCAAGGUCAUAAUAGUCACGGGAGGGAACAAUGGAAUCGGCAAGGCCGCCGUGACCGAGUUGGCCAAACACAACCCGAAACGGCUGUACAUGACUGCUCGAAGUAGAUCCAAGUACGACACUGCAAUGAAAGACGUCCUCGCCGCUGUACCGACGGCGAAGGUUGACUUUCUGGAACUCGACCUCGCUUCUUUUGCGUCGAUCAAACAUGCUGCCGACAAAGUGAUUGCAAAUAACGAUCGAUUGGACAUCUUGAUCAACAAUGCAGGGGUGAUGGGUCUCCCGCCUCAUCCAACCACCAAAGAAGGUUAUGAGAUCCACAUCGGCACCAACCACGUGGGUCACGCUCUUCUCACGAGACUACUCAUGCCGUUACUCCUCGAAACCGCCUCCUCUUCCAACUCGGACGUGAGGGUCGUGACGCUCAGCUCGGGGGCGCACGCCAUGGCCACGUCGGGGGUGUCGAUCGACAAGAUCGCCACCCCCAUGGAGGGCACCUGGUCUUUCACUCGCUACGGCCAGUCCAAGAUGGCCAACGUGCUGUUCGCCCGCGAACUGGCCCGGCGGUACCCCCAGAUCAUUUCCGUUUCUGCCGACCCGGGGCGCGUGCAGACCCCGUUGUUGGACGAAAAGUUCAAGACCCGCGACUUCACCACCUACUUCCAAAAGACGUACGACUUUCUCGCGGGGAUGUUGGACGCCCGCCACGGUGCGUUCACCGAACUGUGGUGCGCCACGUACGACAAGCAGAAGGUCAAGACGGGGACCCAUUAUGUCCCAUUCGGACACGAGUCUCCCGGUCACAAGAAGAGUCGUGACGAAAAGCACGCCAAGGAGUUGUGGGAGUGGCAGGAAAAGGAAUUUGAAAAGCAUGGGUACUAG